AUCGUGAGGUUUUCCUACCGCAAUAGCCGAAUGCGGGUUAGAAAACGAAAAGUACAAUUUUCACGUGCCCCGGUCGAUCGCGCAGAAAUCGUACAAAAUAAUAUGUAAUACUACUUAUCUACCGACACCUUAUUUUUUUUUUUUAUAUGUUCAAGCCACGCAGUUCGGGUCCACUUUGUUAGGGGUCGGUAAGACCGGCGCGCGCGUUUCCCGUCGCGACGGCGGGACCGACCCCUUUUCGUGAACCGACGACGCCGAUCCAGGGGUUCUCAUCGCAGUCGUCGCAUUGCCAUCGUACACACACACACACACACACACACAGUUGUCGGCGAUUAAUAUAUUGUUUGUGAGCCUGUGUCGGCAAGCAGAUGUUGGAGCGUAUAGGCGGCGAUUUGAUGAUGGCAUUUUUGGGAGGUUGGACUCAAAUCUUCUUACACGAAAUUAUCGAAUUAAUACAGCAUAAUAAAGACAAAUGAUUAUCGUCUGAAUUUCGGAGAUCUUAUAGAAUAUAAAUAGAUUUUUUUUGGGGGGUGGGGGGAGGCUAAACAUCAAGACGCUCCCCCAUAAACCACCGGCUAUGCCGGCGAAGACAAUCCGCUCAAAAAAUUCAAAAACAUUAUCAAAAACGAACGGUGAACGUUGUAGAACGUAUCACCUCCACUUAAUCCCCCCCCCUCCCAUUCCUCUCCUACGUCGUAUGCGCACACUGCAGUUCGAAAACUAUACCGGAGACUCCUGCAGAAACCAAAACAAUAUACUGACCGGACGGAAAAACUAACCGUUUGAAAACGAUAAUAAUAACAAGCGUAACGUCGUCGUCGGCGGUAUUGUUGUUGUUGUUGUUGUUGUUGUUGGCAGUACUGGACGCGCGCGUGUACACGGAGGCCCUGUCGCGUCCCGCGACCGCGAAAGGGGGAGGAUGGUAUACGCGUACGCCGUACGGUAGUCGGCGGCGGCAGUAUAGUAGCAGUAUUAUAGUAGCAGACAGCUGCGGUGAUCGCGUCGCGUCAGUGUCGCUUCCGUCACGUAUACCUCACCGCACUAAAAUAUUUUGAAAAUCACUCGUCCGUUAUCGCCAGGUUAGGUUCGUUAGGAUCGUGUUCGUUGACGUCGUUUUCGUCGGCUCAGUCGUUUCCCGCCGGAAGUUCGCUCGCGGUUGGCAUUCUCUGCGUGCCAUGACAACAGCGGCCGGUGCACCGCCGCCACCGUAACCCGAGUCGUUUCCGCAGUCGCAAUCGCAUUCGUAUUUUCAUUCGUACACCCGCAGUCCGCGAGUCGUACUCGCAGUCGUAUUCGUCGCAUUCGCAGUCGUCUCAGUCGUCGCCCGCAACAUGUUGAAGCUGUUGGGCGGGCUCAAGGAGUUCGUCAGACGGCAGCCGGUCACCAUCGACGGCACCGUUUUCCGGGUGCACGUGACGUUCACCACGGUCGUGCUGCUGGCGUGCUCGAUAAUGGUGACGGCCACCCAGUACGUGGGCAACCCGAUCCAGUGCAUCGUGGACGGGCUUCCCACCAGGCCGGUGAACACGUACUGCUGGAUCACGUCCACGUUCACCAUGCCGGACGCGUUCCACCGGGAACAGGGCGUGGGCGCCGCGCACCCGGGCGUGGGACCCGAAAACGGCGAACCUCCCAAGUACUACACGUACUACCAGUGGGUGUGCUUCGCCCUGUUCUUCCAGGCCAUGAUGUGCUACUUCCCCAAGUGGGUGUGGGACAUGCAGGAGGGCGCGCUCAUGUCCACGCUGGUCAUGGGCCUGCAGUUCGGGCUGGGCAAAGAGAAAGAGCGCGAAAAGCAGAAGAAGAUACUUGUCCACUACAUGCUCACCCACAUCAGGCAACACACCUGGUACGCCGUCAAGUAUUGGAUGUGCGAGUUCUUGUGCCUGGCCAACAUUGUGCUGCAGGUGUACUGGAUGAACAGAUUUUUCGGCGGAGAGUUCAUUACGUACGGCCUGCGCGUCAUCGGCAUGUCCACUGAACACCAGGACAACCGGGUGGACCCGAUGGUCUUCAUAUUUCCCCGGGUGACCAAGUGCACUUUCCACAAGUUUGGACCCUCCGGAACGGUGCAAAAGCACGAUUCGCUGUGCGUGUUGCCACUGAACAUCGUUAACGAGAAGACGUACAUAUUCAUAUGGUUUUGGUAUCUUCUACUGUUGGCGGCGCUGGUCCUAAUGAUCUGUCACAGGGUGUUUGUGAUGUGCAAUGCGACCGCGAGGAAGAACGCUUUGCGGUACCGCCACUACAGGUUGAUAACCGACGACGUCGCCAAAGCCGUGACGAACAAAGUGUCGGUGGGUGACUGGUGGGUGCUGUACAUGCUGGGCAAAAAUCUGGAUCCGAUCAUUUACAGGGAAGUGGUGCGUGAAAUCGCCAAAAAAGCCGACAACUGAUGGCCACUUGAAGACUGCCACUCGGGUAUUCGCGGACGACCCGUCAUCGUCAUCGUCGUCAACUCAUCCGCGACCAUCGGUGUUCAAAUCCCCCCGUCAUAAUUAUACUAUUUUCGUACUCAUUACACGAUAAUAUUGUCGGGAGUCGACUAAUUUAUUUAUUUUUUCGUUUUAAAGUUUAGUUUCAGCAUAAAACCUGUUUUCCAUUAUUUUAUCCACUACACGUACCGCCGCGUACUUUUACUUUUAAUUUAAUGUUAAGAAUUUUUUUUCGUCGUUUAUUGAUAAAAAAAAAAUAAGCCAGUUUAUCGAAACACGCUUAUGUCUAUAUAUUAUGAUAUAUUGAUACAUAUCAAAGUACAAACAGUAGUUGUAUACUAAUGCCACUAGGACAAGACUAUUAUAAUAUUA